UUAUCAACAAUAGAUAAAAUUCAUGUAUAUCGGGAUAGUAGUAAUUCGGCUUCGAUUCUCCUGAAGUCACCAGUAUUUCUGCCGAGUCUUACCCCGCAUUAUCGAUGGCGACAUAGCUGCUGAUACGUUGCAGUAAUGAUGUGUAAGUAUCAAUGGUGGUGGGCAUACCUAUCAUCCUACUUGAGUAAUCAGUGUAGGAGAGGUUACCGUUGAACAUUCAAAACGAUUCUAGCCCAGAUACCUGGGUUAAACGGUCUAUAUUGACCAUCCCAACCAUGGCGACUGUCGUCCCGUUAGAGGUAUCUGAGAAACUGACUCUAGCUGAUGAUGCUGAACUUGGUCCCAAUGAAGAAAGAACCGCUGAUGCGAUUCCUCCGCUGGGGACGUUGGAAACACAUAAGCGAUUCUGGUUUCAAAAGACAAAGCAGCACAGCUUGACCGAUAUUGCGACACAGCCCAGCGUCUAUGAUAACCCCGACAUUGCAUCUCAAUAUGAACCCCGCGAGGACUGGGAAAACCUUCAUAGGUUCGAUCCAAGAGCACGAUGGACUUGGGCGGAAGAGAACAAGGUUGUAAGGAAGAUCGAUUGGCGUAUCAUGGCUUGGACGUCUAUCAUGUUCGCUGCUAUGGAGCUAGAUAGAGCUAACCUUGCUCAAUCUCUUACGGACAAUUUCCUAGAAGAUAUGCGCAUGACUACUAACGACUAUAAUCUCGGGAACACGGUCUACGCUUUAUGUUUCCUGGCUGGAGAGUUCCCAGCCCAGUUAUUAGCAAAAUGGCUUGGACCCGAUCGCUGGAUCCCUUCUCAGAUCGUUCUUUUCUCUGCAGUCUCCGCAUCUCAGUUCGCACUCAACGGCCGUACCACUUUCCUCGUCUGUCGUGCGUUGCUGGCAUUUCUUCAAGGGGGCUUUAUCCCAGAGUGCGUGCUCUACCUUUCGUACUUCUACAAACACCACGAAUUGACAAUUCGCUUGGGAUUCUUCUGGGCUGGUAUGUUCGUCGCUGAUAUAAUCGCGGCGAUUGUCGCAUAUGGGAUUCUUCAUAUGCGUGGAGUUGAGGGUCGCUCGGGUUGGCGCUGGCUUUUUCUAAUAGAGGGACUCAUUACCGGGACUAUCGGGCUCCUGUCCUUCAUUAUGAUGCCUCCGGGCCCAACAGAAACAGCAAGUUGGUCUCGUGGAAAGGACGGCUGGUUUACCGAACGCGAGGAGAUAAUUAUGGUGAACAGGAUCAUAAGGGAUGAUCCGAGCAAAGGAACGAUGCACAACCGACAACCCAUCACCCCUAAGCUGCUGUGGAAGAGUUUGACUGAUAUUGAUCUCUGGCCCCUAUAUGUCAUCGGGUUAACGUUUAACAUCCCAACUUUCUCACCGCAACAGUACCUCAGCCUAUCCUUACGAGGCCUAGGUUUCGACACUUUCCAAACCAAUCUUUUAUCAAUCCCGUACUUGGUUCUAAAAAUCAUCAACAUGAUCGCUCUAGCCACCCUCGCAGAGUACACGGGACAACUUGCUGCAUGCGCAUCGAUCUUCCAGUUCUGGUGCCUGCCAUUCCUGAUAUACUUGCGAGUCGUAGACACGACGAAAGCAUCGAAAUGGUUGACAUGGGGGAUGAUCUCAUUGCUCAUAGCGGCCCCACUCGGUCACCCGGUCCAGGUCGGCUGGAUCUCUCGUAAUUCGAACACCGUCAGGUCACGGGCUGUAGGUGCCGCACUUUACAACAUGUUCCUACAAGCAGGGGUGAUAAUUUCGUCCAACAUCUAUCGCUCCGACGACGCUCCCCUGUAUAGGAGAGGGAAUAGCAUCCUUCUCGGAAUCCUAGGGUUAAAUCUGCUUCUCUAUGCAAUGGCGAAGGCGUAUUACGUAUGGCGGAACUGUGAGAGAGAUCGGAAGUGGGAUGCUAUGACUUCCGAGGAGAAGCUAGUCUAUCUUGCCGAUCACCAAGAUGCUGGGAACAAGAGACUGGACUUCAGACUGGCCUCAUAGUCUAGUGAUAAUCACAUAAGAGAACUGGAGGUGAUCAACAGGGCUUCAAGUUCAUGAGUAUUCAAGGAUAUAUGCGCUCCGUACACGCUAUGGCAUAUUGGUGGUGAAAGUCGAAGGCUUGUAACAUGG